AAUAGACGUGGAACGUAAGGUCCAAUAUUCUAUUGCAUUUUAAAUACAAAAUGCCUAGGGAAAUUAAAGAAAUCAAGGACUUUCUCUUGAAGGCUCGAAGGAAAGAUGCUAAAUCUGUUAAAAUAAAGGAAAAUGCAUUUAAUGUCAAAUUCAAGGUACGAUGUGCUAGAUUUUUGUACACUCUUGUUAUUAUCGACAAAGAAAAGGCGGAAAAGUUGAAGCAAUCGCUUCCUCCUGGUCUUCAAGUUAAAGAAGUGAAAAGGAGUAAACGUGUAUAAAUAAAGAAAUAAACAAAAUUCUUGAAAGUU